AUGGAUGAACAGUUGUUCAGGUGCCGAUCUUGUCCAGCCGUUUUCGAUGACCUUAGUGAUUUUAUCAAUCACUCUUGCUGCGACAACGAUGAACUCAAUGACUUGAAUAUCUACCUAUCAAGUGAUUUAUUUCACGAGUCUUCAAUAGCUCCACCACCACCAAAACCACUAUCACCGUCAUCAUGUCACUCUCUACCAGUACAACCACCAUCACCACCAUUAGCAUCAACAUCAACAUUUAUAUCAAGUAAUCAACUGGAAACUUCAGAGGAUUUAGAAUCGAUCAACGAGUUAAUUGGCAAGUGUAACAACUGUAAUUUAUUUAUUGAGAGCUUCAUUGAUCUUUUGAAUCAUAACUGUGAUCUGACUGGCCCAUCAACUAGUGAGUCGAUAGAAGAUGUCACUAUGAACAUUGACAAUUUAUGUUGUCCGAAAUGUAAUAUGAUUUUCUCAUCUAUUGAGACACAACAAAAUCAUAUAAAAGUUUGUGGGUUAACAAUAUCACCUGUUGUGCAAACUAAUGUUGUUGAACUUUUCAACUUCUUGCUCACCAAAAAAGCAUUUCGAUCAAAGUAUCGUCUAUAUUCAAGACAGUUUGACAAAUGUUACACUCUAGAGGAUCUUCAAAAAACUACUCAACCUGAUAUCAAGCUGUUAAUCAAAGAGGUAUCAGAAGAACUUGGACCGUUGAAAAUAUCCUUUUCUAUCAACAUUGUAUUUGAAAAACUUGGAACAAAGGAGUUUAUUACAUCAUAUAUUCAUUCAAUCUUCAAAAUCUACCUAAGUGAAUGUGAUGACUUGACUCAACUGCUAUCGGAUAGCUUUGCAGAAAUUCAAAGUAUAAUUGACCAUUACACAGAAAGAGGUAGCGGAUUCAUCAUUGUUUGUAUCUCUGCUCUUGAUGUAUAUAUCGCUUCAUAUCAACCUCACCAUGGUGGAUGUAAGCUACAAAAAUUGCCACCACAACUGACAACCAAAAAAUGUUUUGUCACCCUCAACUGUAAUACAAGUUGCUUUAUGUAUGCAAUUCUUGCGAGUAUAUAUGGAGUAUCUGACAAGCACAGGACCAGUAAGUAUCGUAAAUACUUACGAGCUCAUAACUUCUCCAAGUGGAUAGGUGAUGUUUCAUUAGAUCAAAUAAAUGGUUUCGAAAAAGCGAAUGAAAUAUCCGUUAGUGUUUUUUCAUAUAACUUGGAAGGAAAAUACAUCAUCCCUCUACGAAUUACAACAGAAAAGAAGAAAAACCAUGUUAAAUUACUUUUAUAUGCUGACCAUUAUUAUCCCAUCUCAAACUUACGCAGAGCCUUGAAUAGUAGGACAAACCGAAGGAGAUAUCAUUGUGAAAGGUGUUUACAUGGAUAUGAUAGAGCAGAAAAACUUGCCACUCAUUUAGUUGACUGUGAAAAUAGGGCCGUUCAAAGAGUGAAAAUACCAUUGUUAACACGAGAGGAUCCACUGGUCAACAUCGUCAAGCGGAACCUUAAGAAGGAGAGUAAACAUCCAUUCGUAAUUUACGCUGAUUUUGAAAGUGUCUGUAUACCAACCGGUGAUUCCAGAAAAGUGUCAAGACAUGAACCAAGUAGUUAUGGUUAUAUAGUUGUGGACUGGAAUAAGAAAGUAAUCAAAAGUGAUUUUAAACAUGGAAAAGAUAUCAUAAACGAUUUCUUGUCCAGCAUUAAACAUACUGAAAAAUGGUUGACUGUUUACUUGAAAGAAAAUGCUAGUAAACCUCUGGCGAUUACAGAUGAUAUUGAGGAAAGUUUUUCCCUCGCAUCUAAUUGUUGGAUUUGUGAUGGCUCACUAGGAGGAGACAAAGUUAGAGAUCAUGAUCAUUUCACUGGUAAAUACCGCGGAGCUGCUCAUAAUAUAUGUAACAUCAACUAUGCAAUUCCAAAAAGGAUACCAAUUUUCUUUCAUAAUCUAAAAAAUUAUGACAGUCAUUUACUAAUCACUGGUAUGGACAGUAAAACUUUCUCAACUAAUAUUACGAUCAUCCCACAGACUAUGGAAAAGUAUAUUGGAUGGUUUGUGGGAAAUUUAGCUUUUCUCGACUCUUAUGCUUUUUUACCUGCUAGUCUAGAUACUCUAUCAAAAGACUUAAGUUUGUACGAGAAAGAAACAUUUUUACGUCAAGAGUGGAAAAGUUGCGAUCUUACAGACCUUCUUGAUAAAGCUGCUCUUCCAUAUGAAUAUCUAGACUCUUUUGAUAGGUAUAAUGAGCAACAACUACCAAAGAUUGAGUCGUUCUAUUCAUCUCUUACGGAUAAAAAUAUUUCGAUUGAAAUGUAUGAAAGAUUACAACGAGUUUGGAAGCAGUUUAAUUGUGAAAAUCUUGCAGAUUUAAUCGAUAUUUAUCUACGUUUGGAUGUAUAUCUACUAGCUGCCGUUUUUGAAAACUUUAGAGAAACAAGUUUGAAUGACUUUGGUAUCGAUCCUCCACACUACAUGUCAGUACCUGGCUUAUCCUUUGCAUCAGCCAUCAAGAUGUUAAAAGUAUCGCUCAAGAUAUUCACAGAUCUUGAAAUGUAUAUGAUGAUCGAAAAUGGGAUAAGAGGUGGAUUCACUACGGUUGCAAAGAGACAUGUGAAAGCUAACAAUCGUUUACUCAAAUCGUAUGAUGGUGGUGAACAGACUUGGCUACUUUAUCUAGAUGUUAAUAAUUUAUAUGGCAAAGCUAUGUGUGAUGUCUUACCGAUCGGUAAUUAUAAAUGGACCAAGCCUUGUGAUCUAGAGUUUUUUUUGACAAUUCAUGAUGAAGCUGAAACUGGUUAUAUUCUCGAAGUUGAUCUUCUCUAUCCUGAGACACUUCAUAACUUACACAAUGAUUUCCCUCUCGCUCCACAUAAGCUUGUGAUUUCAGAUGAGAUGUUAAGUCCUACGGCUAAAAAAAUUCUAAAACAACUGGAACAACGUUCUACCAAAACCGAAAAAUUAGUGGCUACUUUUCUACCCAGAACUCGUUAUGUUAUCCACUAUCGGACUUUGAAGUAUUAUAUUGCGAAAGGAAUGCAAGUGACAACAAUACAUCGAGCCAUUUCUUUCAAUCAAAAACGAUGGCUAUCUCCAUACGUCAAUCUCUGCACUGAAAAGCGGAAAAGAGCUUCCUCCCCUUUUGUUUCAUCUCUUUACAAGCUCUUUGUCAACAGCAAUUAUGGUAAAUUGAUGGAAGAUAAAAGAAAAAGAGUUAAAGUUGACUUGGUUACAUCGGAUGCAAUGGCAGCAAGAAGAGCCAGGAAGCAUUUGUGUAAAAACAUGAGAAUACUUGCGGAAGAUAAAGUGCUGUUUCAAAUGUUACCGGAUACUGUUGUGCUUGACAAACCCAUCAUUGUUGGUUUUACCGUACUAGAGUUGGCCAAGUUACAUGUUUACCAGCUUUACUAUGACAGAUUCAAAUCUUUUUACGGCGAUAAAAUCUGUUUGGUUUACUCUGAUACCGAUUCACUUUUAGUUGAGAUAAAGACUGAAGAUUUAGUUUCCGAUAUGAAGUUUUUUUCGGACAUAAUGGACUUCAGUGAUCUUCCCAUUGAUCAUUGUUUGUAUAGUGCUGUCAAUAAGAAAAAAAUUGGGUGUCUUAAAGAUGAAAUGAGCGGUCAAGUCAUCGAAGAAGUUGUUGCUUUGCGACCUAAAUUGUAUGCAAUCAAAACAGAGAAUGAGGUAAAAAAGAGAGCUAAAGGAGUUCAAGGUGUUGUUGUUAAGAAUCAGUUAACAUUCGAUGAUUAUAAAAAUACUCUUUUCGAUGUUAAAACUGUUCGAAAGUCAACUCGUAGACUUGGCUCUGAAAAUCACAUUAUACAUUUAUAUGUUGAUGAAAAAAUCGCUCUUUCCCCUUUUGAAGAUAAAAGAUACCUUACUGACUCUGUAAACUCUCUUGCUUAUGGUCAUUAUUCAAUAAAUCAAUAA